ACAGAAGGUAGAAAUCGUACCAAGCCCUCUCGUCUUGUGAUUUACAACAGAGUGGAUAAAGCUGGUAGUUCUACGCUACAGACACUCAUUUUAAGGCUGAAGAAGAAUCUAACAGAAUGUGUCCUGAGUGGCGACGCCGAAUGUGCCAUGUCACAGGAGUACAGUCACCGACGGUCGGGUCAGAACCCAGAGUUCUUCCAGCCAAUGACCGCGUUCUUCUGCGGCCACGAGCCAUUCUGCAGGAGGUUCAACAGCAGGCCAGCUCUGCAGAAGGCCCUUCAGAACCUGGAGCUUAGAUACUCCGUGGUUGGCGUGUUGGAAACAUUUAGAAAAUCUCUAAGUGUCUUUGAGGCCUUUGUUCCAGAAUAUUUUAAGAAUAUUGGAAAGCUUUACGAUAAAGCACGUGAUAAGAAGGUGAACCAGAACCCGAAUCACGCCCAGCCUCCAGCAGCGGUGAGGGACAUCCUGGCCAGACGUAUGACGUCCGACAUAGAGCUGUAUAUGUUCGCCAAACAGCGGCUACAUCUGCAGUUCAAACGGAUCCGGCCCCGGUCACAGCGACGACUGACCAGUUCAGCGGCUGUGUGAACACGCGUCGGUAUUAGCGCAGUGCAAUCCUGUUAUUUGUGAUAUGCAUAUUCAAGUUAAUCGGUUGUCGAGGAAGUGACAUGCAUUAUCUAUUCCUAUUGGCAAUGUUCUUAGUGGAACCGUAUGCAUUGGCAAUGUUCUUCAGAAGGUCUGAAGCAAAG